CCCCAUUUUCCACAAGGAAACCUGGCAUGGGGAGGAGUGGCUGCCCUGGCCCUGCCCACACUUUUCCCACUCGGAUGCAGGAAGAUUCCUCACCCCGGCCCCCUCCUCCAGGGAGCCCCCAAGGGUGCCCUCCUCGCCUCUUCUCAAGGGGUGGGCUCAGGCAAGGUUUGAUGAGUGAAUGAAGCAAAGGAGGCACUGGGGAGCCAAUGGACACAUGGGCAAGAGAACAGGUGGGGUUCAGAGAUGCUGCUGCCCAUGUCCUGCUUGCAGGUUCUCCUGGAGACAUGGAUGCUGUGGAGGAAGCCCAGGCCCCAGACACCAGCCUGGAGGAGCAGGAGACCCCGGCACCAGAGCCCAUGGCUGUAGGGAGACCCGAGCCCCUGAGCCCAUCCAGUACAGACGUGAACCCACCCCCAGCACCAACGGCACCAGCACCGGUACACCCCACAUCCCCAGGAGCCCCCGAGGAGAUGGAGGGGCCAGAGCCUGAGACGCAACCGCUGGAGGAGUCGGCCAGCCCCUGGAGCGGGCCAGAGGAACUGGAACUGGAGCUACGGGAUGGACAGAGGUGUGUGCAGGCCCGACUCAGCCUCCAUGAGGGCCUGUCCUGGGGCCCCUUCCAUGGGAGCAUCCAGACCACAGCAUCGUCACCCGGGCAGGCAGAACCGGGCCCGGCCCUGACCCUGCUGCUCACUGACGAGGCAUGCUGGCUGAGGACGCUGCCCCAGGCCCUGACCGAGGCCGACGCCAACUCGGAGAUCUACAGGAAGGAUGACAGCCUCUGGUGCAGGAUAACCAGGCCGGUGCCCGCGGGCGAAGCCCUGUGUGUGCUCCUCACGGCCAAGCCCCAAGACGCCCCCAGUUGUCCUGUGAAGGAAGAGCCUGCGGAGCCCAAGAGCCCUGCCCUGAUGCACCCCGACAUCCAGCUGCUGCCCCAGCAGGCCGGCAUGGCAUCCAUCCUCGCCACGGCAGUCAUCAACAAGGACGUCUUCCCGUGCAAAGACUGUGGCAUCUGGUACCGCAGUGAGCGCAACCUGCAAGCCCACCUCCUCUACUACUGCGCCAGCCGCCAGGGCGCCAGCUCCCCCGCCACAGCUGCCACAGAGGACAAGCCCAAGGAGCCGUACCCCAACGAGCGAAUCUGCCCCUUCCCCCAGUGCCGCAAGAGUUGUCCCAGCGCCAGCUCCCUGGAGAUCCACAUGCGCAGCCACAGUGGAGAGCGGCCCUUCGUGUGCCUCAUCUGCCUGUCGGCCUUCACCACCAAGGCCAACUGCGAGCGUCACCUCAAGGUGCACACAGACACGCUCAGCGGUGUCUGUCACAGCUGUGGCUUCAUCUCCACCACUCGGGACAUCCUCUAUAGCCACCUGGUGACCAGCCAUAUGGUCUGCCAGCCCGGCUCCAAGGGUGAGAUCUACUCGCCAGGCACGGCACACCCCGCUGCCAAACUGCCUGCAGACGUCCUCGCCAGCCUCCAGCAGCACGCGGCCCUGCACGGCCCCCUGCCCUCCGCGGACCUAGGCCCGGCAACCACCCCAUCACCAGCCCCGGACAGGAAGGUCCUGGCCGAGGCCACCAAUGGUGAGGCCAGGGCGGGCCCUCAGAACGGGAGCAGCGCUGAGCCCCCCGCGGCCCCCCGGAGCGUCAAGGUGGAGGCUGAGGAGGAGUCGGAGGCAGCGCGCGCGCCAGGCCAGGCCGAGCCUGCAACCCGCGGCCCGUCGCGGACGCCGUCUCCGCACAGCCCCGGUACGACCCGCGUGAAGGCCGAGCUGCCCAGUCCCACGCCCGGCGCCAGCCCCGCGCCCGGAGAGCUGGCCCUGGCCAGCACGCUCUUCCUGCCGCAGCUCGUGUUCGCGCCGGACGCGGGUGCCACCCCGGGCCCCGCGGCGCCCCAGGCCUCGGAGAUCCUGGCCAAGAUGUCGGAGCUGGUGCACAGCCGGCUGCAGCAGGGCGCGGGGCCGCCGGCCGCGCUGCUGGGGACCAAGGGCGCCACGUGCUUCGAGUGCGAGAUCACCUUCAACAACGUCAACAACUUCUACGUGCACAAGCGCCUCUACUGCUCCGGCCGCCGCGCGCCCGAGGACGCGCCCGCCACGCGCCGCGGGCUGCACCGGCGCCGGGCGGCCGCGCACCCCCCACCCAGAACAGAGCACCCCCCUGGCCGGGCUCGCCCGCGUGGUCCCCGGUGAGCCUGAGACCCUGGGACGGCCGGAAGCCUCUCCCGCCCAAGGCUGGGGUGGGGCCGAAGCCUGUCUGCCUCCUACCCAGCCCUCGGGGUGACGAGCGCGGGCCUGGGUUUGCACAAGAAUAAACGGUCAGCGGAGAGUA